AUGGUUGGUAAAGAGCAUAUUCAGUCCAUCGAGGACCAGUUGAAGAAUUUCCAGGCUCUUGAGCACCGUCUUAAAAGUCUCGAGGCGCAGCUUGAACGACAGCAGCAGCAGCAGGGAACUGAACACAUCCCACAGCAAGCAUCUGGGCAGACAGAUAUAACUCCUCUGACAAAUCGUAACCUCAACGAUGUCUUUGAUGGCCCUGAGCAUAUCGACGCCCACAGUACUGACCCUCAACUAACGUCUCCAAGUGACGCUCCUACGACUAGCCUCACGGAAUCCAAAGAUCCUACGGAUGGCAUGGGGCAUUUCUUAUUUGCGGAUGAGGAAAACCGAGCAUCCUUUGGUAAGCCCUCAUACGACCUAUCAUACACUGAUGCAAAGAAACAACUGACGAGUCACAUAGGGCCAUCAUCUAGUAUUGCCUUCACGUCUGAUCUUUCACACACAUUGUGGAGCUUAUCACAAAAUCGUGGAUCAUUCGUCCCCAGCCAGGGAAAUUUGACAUUUUCAGAGUUCCACAUUGCCAGGGUCUCACGGCACUCUUCCCCAGCCCCGGAACCUGAUCAUGCCUUUCCGUCGAUAUAUUACUUGCCCGCAGACGGAGUGAUUACAGCGUUGAUCGACAACUACUUCUCAGAUACCGGCCUUCUCUUUCCCUAUCUUCACGAAGAAAGCUUUAGGAACACAUACGCACAGCUGAAAAGCAAUGCGGUGGCAAUUUCUCGCACAUGGCUUGGCCUUCUAAACAUGGUUCUAGCUAUCGCUACGCACGCCUCGACGUCUCCUAUUUCAGACGCGGAGAUACGUAGCGAGAAGGCUGGUCAAUUUUACCGCCGGGCGAAUAGUCUAUGCAAUGACCAUGUGAUGAACGGAGCGAGUUUAGAAAUAGUUCAAUACUUGCUUCUGGUGAGCCAAUAUCGACAGGGCACAAAGUCCUCGGCUCAAACCUGGGCAACACAUGGUUUGGCUGUCAAGGUCGCUCUGCAGCUUGGGCUUCAUUCCUCCGAGGCAUUAAAGAAAUUCCCACCAUUAGAACGUGAGAUUCGCAAGAGAACAUGGUUCGGAUGCAUUGUUCUUGAUAGAACCCUUAGUAUGACACUUGGAAGACCAGCGUCCAUACCAGAGUCGUAUUCCCGCCUCGAGCUUCCUAGUUACUAUGAUGGCAUUGACCCCUGGCCGCGGCAGCCGUGGCAACUGCAGCGGUGCCGACAUAGCACUGACUUUUUCUGUGCUACAAUACGACUAUACGCUAUUAUUGGUGAUACUAUUGAUUUGUUGUAUGGCUCUAAUCUGGGCUGUGGAGAUGAGCUUACUGACUAUGAGCUGGUGAUACGCACUCUCAAACUAAGACAUCGCAUCAAUGAAUGGAACAAACAGCUCCCACCGCACAUGCCCAUCAUCAAGGCAGAAGAGCACCGAGGACAUCUAGGCUCGGACCCACUACUCGAUCGCCUCCGAACCAUUCUCGCACUUCGAUACCAUAAUCUCCGGAUCUUGAUCCAUCGCGCGGUGUUAGUCCGUUUGCUGAAAAUCAUCAAUAACUCUCAGACUGGUAGUAUGCCGACUUUGGGAACAAGUGAACUGAAAGAUGUCGUGGGAAGCACAGUGGAAAACUGCAUCGAUUCGAGCAGUGAAAUUAUCAACAUACUCCAUGCAGCUGAGCAAGGAAAUGGGGAACGCCGUGUCAUGCUUGGUGCCUGGUGGUUCACCUUAUAUUAUGGUUUGAAAUCCCGAUCUCUUCCUUGGAUGGAAUAUGUUGCUCACGUAUUCUGGAUGACAGCUUUCGAUGCCGCGCUUGUAUUAUUCACGAUCCUGUUGCUUUUACGAAGAACCGCCUACGUUGCUUUGCCAACUCGUUGCACGCCGGAAUCGGUAAAAGAGCUAUUUACAAAGUGUAUAGAAGCUUUGGGGCUCUUGGACAAAGGCAACACCACCGUGAAGCGGUGCUUGCAGUGUUUACAAAAAUUGACGGAAGUGAUUAAAUGGAUUGAAUCAAAUCAUCCGCAAGAGCCUGUCGUGGUUAAUGUAGAACUGAAUGAGAAUUCACACACUGGUACUCUAUCUGAUCCAUUCAGGGCUUUUUCACCCCUUGGAAGUUUCGAUGGUUUCUUGCACCAGGACCUAUCACUGUUCAACUUUGAUUUCAUGACAAACGACAGGAUGGGAUUCCCAGAUGAGUUUGGACAGAGUCGGUCGUUAUGA